ACAUAUAGUUCCUUUGUUUGUCUUUACACCCAACUCACACCUAUUCCUAUGAUAUCAUCCAAUCAUCUAUCAACGAUAGCGGUGCUAGCCUGCAUAAAAUAGACUAACCCAAGUGCCAUGUUUCACAGGUAGAAUGUCUGCACCACUCACUCGACCCACUUGGACCCCUGCCCAAGCAGCAGCUGUUCAUGACAUCCGAACAAAAAUCAGUUCUUCCAGGCCUACCCUCGGCCAGGCGCAAUCCCUUGCUGAGCGCGCACAGGUCCCCACCAGAGGAAUUCCCGAAGGAAUGUAUAUCUCCUGCGAAUUAGCUUCCCCUUCCUCUCAGAUACCUCCUGCCAUUCAUUCAGCCUCCAUCCAACCGGGCCAAGUUCCCGUCUUCUUCUAUGCCGAUGCCCCUCCCCAGUCAUUUACUCAGCCGAAGAAAGACAUUAAAGUCAUAUUUCAUAUUCCUGGAGGCGGUAACAUCUUCGGACAUCCAACGGAGCAGAGGUAUAUAGCAUUCUUCUCUCGUGUGCUUCGUGCAUUUGGCAAGAAACCUGGCGCACAAGGUCCCAGUGCACCCGUCAUCGCAGUCCCUUCCCGCAGACUCGCCACAGCCCGCGAGAACCUCUUUCCAGCGGGCUUACAAGAUAUAUUCUCUGCAUACCAUCACUUGAUCUUGAAAGGCUUUGCCCCCAAGAAUAUCACUUUCACAGGCGAUGGUUCAGGCGGAAACAUGGCUCUUAUCCUCACGUACCUUCUCUCCCAAUCCUCUCUCCCGGCGCCAGGACGCAUCGUAAUGUUCUCCCCAGACGCAGACCUCACUUACGCCUCUUACGCUUCCGUACCUCAAGACGUCAUAUCUCAAUCAAGCUUCCAAACCUGCGCUUCCCAAUAUCUAGGCAAUUUCCCUGCCAAUCACCCUCUAGCAUCAGGCGUCCUAAUUCCAUUCACUGCAAGUUGGCCGAAGACUUUGGUCCUGACCGGUACAGCUGAUAGUGUUGUCGAGUGCGGGCGGAGAGUUGUGCGUGGUAUCCAGAAGGCGGGCGGAGUCGCUGAGAUUGUGGAAUAUGCGGAUUUGCCCCAUGCGUGUUGGACCUUUGCUCAUAUCUUCCCACAGUUGGACGAUGGGUUCAGCAGGUUUGCAGCUUUUAUAUACAAAUAAGCGAAUCGUAAAUAGUGUGUAUGUAACUUGAUGCCGAUUGCACCUUCUGCUGCUGGUCGUGCAUAGUGGAGCGCACUUUCGGUUGUACUUAGUAGUAGUAGCAGCACCUAUGCUAGUCUGUCUCAGUGAAA